AUUGAUGACACUCCUCAAGGCUCAGGUUCUCCAUCCUCCUUCGAUUUGCUGCAGGCACUGAAAUCAGAGCGGCUGAGUAUUAGAGGAGGGAUAAAUGAGCGGUGCGACAGCUCGCGGGUGCAAUCGCUGCCCCCGGGGCCCAACCCGGCUGAGCGGCCCGAGACCCUGCGCGCUGCACCGUGCCGCACCGUACCGCACCGUACCGCACUGCACCGUGCCACACCGUACCACACCGUACCACACCGUACCGCAUCGUACCGCACUGCACCGUACCGCACCGUACCGCACCGUGCCGCACCGUACCGCACUGCACCGUGCCGUACCGUACCGCACUGCACCGUGCCACACCGUACCACACCGUACCACACCGUACCGCAUCGUACCGCACUGCACCGUACCGCACCGUACCGCACCGUGCCGCACCGUACCGCACUGCACCGUGCCGUACCGUACCGCACUGCACCGUGCCACACCGUACCACACCGUACCACACCGUACCGCAUCGUACCGCACUGCACCGUACCGCACCGUACCGCACCGUGCCGCACCGUACCGCACUGCACCGUGCCGUACCGUACCGCACUGCACCGUGCCACACCGUACCACACCGUACCACACCGUACCGCAUCGUACCGCACUGCACCGUACCGCACCGUACCGCACCGUGCCGCACCGUACCGCACUGCACCGUGCCGUACCGUACCGCACUGCACCGUGCCCGCCGCGCCGCACCGCGCCGCACCGUACCGCACCGUACCGCACCGUGCCGCACCGUACCGCACCGCACCACACCGUACCACACCGCACCGUGCCACACCGGACCACACCGCACCGUACCACACCGUGCCACACCACACCGCACCGUACCACACCGUACCACACCGCACCGUACCGCACCGUACCACACCGUACCGCACCGCACCACACCGUACCACACCGCACCGUGCCGCACCGCGCGCCCCGGAGCAGCCCGAGCGCCGCGGAGCAGAGCUGCGAAACCGCAGCGAGGCGCAGGGCGCGGGAGCUGCUUGUGCCCUAAGUAGCUACCGCAGACCCGUGAAGACGCUUGUUGAGGAGCCGUCUAGUCCUGGACCUUGCCCGCACAUUCCGUACCACAGCCCGCACAUUCCAUACCACAACCUGUACAUUCCGUACCACAACCCGUACAUUCCAUACCACAACCCGCACAUUCCAUACCACAACCCGUACAUUCCGUACCACAACCUGCACAUUCCGUACCACAACCCGUACAUUCCGUACCACAACCCGCACAUUCCGUACCACAACCCGUACAUUCCGUACCACAACCCGCACAUUCCGUACCACAACCCGCACAUUCUGUACCACAACCCGCACAUUCCGUACCACAACCCGCACAUUCCAUACCACAGCCCGUACAUUCCAUACCACAACCCGCACAUUCCGUACCACAACCUGCACAUUCCAUACCACAGCCCGUACAUUCCGUACCGCGUUCCAGCGGCUGUCACUGCUCCGAGCAGCCUGCAUGGGAGCACACAGGACCAGAUGGCAACUGGCUCCUGUGGGACCUGGCUGGACCAAACAUGGGGCAGCAUGGCAGCGACGAGG